AUGUCAUUUGUUAAUAAAAUGAUAACAUUCGUAACAAUUCAAUGCUUUUUUCUCAUAAGUAUGAUGAUGGUUUUGAAAUAUGAAUGUAAACUUGUAAACUCACAAGGUGUCAUGGAAAACAAUGAUGAAAAUAAAUCAAAUGAAUUUUAUUACGUUUUUAUUUCUAUGCACUUUACUGUGAAGCAACCAAAACAUGUUGAAACAUUCGAAUUAUUAAAUCAAAAUCAUCUGCAUGUGAUGAAAUCAGAGAGAGAAGAAAUUAAAAUAGAAACAAGAUCCGUAGAUUUAUGGCAACAGGUUGCUUCUUAUAACACAAAUUUCUUCAUUAUAAAUAAUCAGAAAAAAUCACGAGAAAGUUGUAAAUAA